GGGCGCGGGGCGCGGGGAUCGGCCGGGCAGCUCCACCCGGAUGAGGAACAAAGCGGCGGGGCAGGCGCGCGCGGCCGGCAGGUUGGGCAGCCUCCGUCCCGAAGCUUCCGGAGGAGAGGCCUCCGAGGGUGCCCCGGCAUGCCCCAUCCCGUGGCGGCGUCCACGGGUCCUGGCCCUCGGACCAGGUUGGAUGGCCCCGGGCGACCCCGCGCAACGGGGACCGCGCUUGUGCAGCGGUUGUGAGCAAGAUGAGGUCGCACGUGAGCCCGGGGCGCAGUUCCUGAUGCUGGUCCCCCGCCGCCGCCCAAGAGCGCUUUUCUCUCCGAACUUGGCCCCAAGCACCUACAUCACAGGAUGAAUGAAAUGAACCUCAGCCCCGUGGGCAUGGAGCAGCUGACGUCAUCCUCCGUGAGCAACGCCUUGCCGGUCUCAGGAGGUCACCUGGGGCUGGCCGCCUCCCCCUCUCACAGUGCCAUCCCUGCCCCAGGCCUGCCCGUGGCAAUUCCAAACCUGGGUCCCUCCCUGAGCUCUCUGCCUUCUGCUUUGUCCCUGAUGCUCCCGAUGGGUAUUGGGGAUCGAGGGGUGAUGUGUGGAUUACCUGAGAGAAACUACACCCUACCUCCGCCGCCGUACCCCCACCUGGAGAGCAGCUACUUCAGGACAAUCCUGCCUGGCAUUUUGUCUUAUUUAGCUGACAGGCCGCCUCCUCAGUACAUCCACCCCAACUCCAUCAGUGUCGACGGCAACACAGCACUGUCGAUUGCCAAUAACCCUUCGGCACUGGAUCCCUACCAGUCCGGUGGCAACGUUGGGUUAGAGCCGGGCAUCGUGUCCAUAGACUCUCGCUCCGUGAACACGCACGGUGCCCAGAGUCUGCAUCCCAGUGACGGCCAUGAGGUGGCCCUGGACACAGCCAUCACCAUGGAGAAUGUAUCCCGGGUUACCAGCCCCAUCUCUACAGACGGCAUGGCGGAGGAGCUGGCGAUGGACGGUGUUGCUGGCGAGCAUCCCCAGAUCCCGAGCGGCUCCAGGAGCCACGAGCCUCUGUCCGUGGAUUCUGUGAGCAGCAGCCUUGCAGCAGAUGCUGUAGCACAUGGCGGUGUGAUGCCGAUGCACGGCAACGGCCUGGAGCUCCCUGUCGUCAUGGAGACGGACCAUCUUUCCAGCCGGGUCAGCGGCCUGUCCGACAGUGCCCUCGGUGACUCCAUCCAUACCGUGGCCAUGAGCACCAACUCUGUAAGCGUGGCACUCUCUACCUCACACAACCUCGCCUCCCUAGAAUCCGUUUCCCUCCACGAAGUUGGCCUCAGCCUAGAACCUGUGGCUGUCUCCUCCAUCACGCAGGAGGUUGCUAUGGGGACAGGCCAUGUGUCUUCAGACAGUCUUUCUUUUGUACCACCUUCACUGCCAAUGGAAGACUCCAAUUCAAACAAGGAAAACAUGGCAACCUUGUUUACAAUUUGGUGUACCCUGUGUGACCGAGCCUACCCCUCGGACUGUCCCGAUCACGGCCCUGUGACCUUUGUUCCUGACACGCCGAUAGAGAGCAGGGCAAGGCUGUCCCUGCCGAAGCAGCUGGUCCUGCGGCAGUCGAUUGUGGGAGCGGAAGUAGGGGUGUGGACUGGAGAGACCAUUCCUGUGCGAACCUGCUUUGGACCUCUGAUUGGCCAGCAGAGUCACUCCAUGGAAGUGGCAGAAUGGACUGACAAGGCAGUGAACCACGUCUGGAAGAUCUAUCACAAUGGUGUCCUAGAAUUCUGCAUAAUUACAACUGAUGAAAAUGAAUGUAACUGGAUGAUGUUUGUGCGCAAGGCCAGGAACCGAGAAGAGCAGAAUUUGGUGGCGUAUCCCCAUGAUGGAAAAAUCUAUUUCUGCACCUCCCAGGACAUCCCUCCUGAAAAUGAACUGCUUUUCUAUUACAGUCGAGAUUAUGCUCAGCAGAUUGGUGUUCCUGAACACCCAGAUGUGCACCUCUGUAACUGUGGCAAGGAGUGCAGUUCUUACACAGAAUUCAAAGCUCAUCUGACCAGCCACAUCCAUAACCAUCUUCCUAGCCAGGGCCACAACACCAGCCACGGGCCAAGCCACAGCAAAGAAAGGAAGUGGAAGUGCUCUAUGUGCCCUCAAGCUUUUAUCUCUCCUUCUAAACUCCAUGUCCACUUUAUGGGUCACAUGGGAAUGAAGCCCCACAAGUGUGAUUUCUGUAGCAAGGCUUUUAGUGACCCCAGCAACCUGCGGACCCACCUCAAGAUACAUACAGGUCAGAAGAACUACAGGUGUACCUUGUGUGACAAGUCUUUCACCCAGAAAGCCCACCUCGAGUCGCACACGGUCAUCCACACGGGCGAGAAGAAUCUCAAGUGUGACUACUGCGACAAGCUGUUCAUGCGGAGGCAGGACCUCAAGCAGCACGUGCUCAUCCACACCCAAGAACGCCAGAUCAAGUGUCCCAAGUGUGAUAAGCUAUUCCUGAGAACAAAUCACUUAAAGAAGCAUCUCAAUUCUCAUGAAGGAAAACGAGAUUAUGUGUGUGAGAAAUGUACGAAGGCUUAUCUAACCAAAUACCAUCUCACCCGGCACUUGAAGACCUGCAAAGGACCCACCUCCAGUUCGUCAGCCCAAGAGGAGGACGAAGAGGAGGACUCGGAAGAGGAAGACCUUGCCGAGUCUGUGGGGACAGAAGGCUGUAGGAUGGGCAGUGCUGUGUAUCCCACAGAGGAGUCUCUGUCCGCACACAAAUAGGAGAACUUGCUGUGUCUGAACUGCACAGGGAAGAACACACGGACAGUCGUCCUCCAUGGUGACUUGGAUAGAAAACCAUCCGAUUGCUCUCCUGCCAACAGUCAAAGCGGACUGUGGGAAUGGAUGGAGCACUUAGGGAAGCCUAUGUUAUUGAAACACUUUAAAGCUGACUGGGAAAAGAGCGCAUGCGUCCUGUUCGUGCGUGAUAGGGAGGAAAGUGUCAGCUUUUUACAUGGCCAUCUGGUGGAGGCCUUUGCGCCUGCGUCCAGUCUGCCUUCUGCCUAGACAAAUCAGAACUACUUCAUGAUCUUCCAUUAUUCCCCUCGCCUCCCAGCCCUCUGGGGGCAUGCUAAAUUUGGUCCCCACCCAACGGGUAUCUCCGUUGCUGACUGAGUUUUAUAUACCCUUCGAUGGUUUACGCUCUUUCCAGAACAGAUUGCGACAUAACCUGUAAGAGUGCUAGCCUUUACUGCAGCCAACAAGCG